AUGGCAGGUCAGGGAGGGCCAUUAUCCAGGACCAUGGACCUUGAGGGUCAAAUGAGAGGAUAUCCACCGCCCUCCAAUGCCAUGCUCUUCGACGACGAUCCCGGUAUCAUGUCAGAAGUAGAGACGAGCUCAACGGGUUUUCGAAGAGGUGGUAAACAAAGAAGUUCACUUCCUGUUGUUAGAACUCCAAGUAAGACUUUGGAGCGACCACUAGGUUUAGUUUUCCUUCAAUAUCGAAAUGAAACGAAGCGAGCAUUAUUGCCAAACGAAAUUACCUCAAUAGAUACUGUCAAAGCUCUGUUUGUACGAUCUUUUCCAAAACAACUCACGAUGGAGUAUCUGGAUUCGCCGAAUGUCAAAAUUUACAUCCACGAUUCUUCAAAAGAUAUGUUCUACGAAUUAGAAGAUCUUAGGUCUCAUCUCCGAGAAAUUAGAGAUCGAUCGGUGCUAAGGCUUUUCGAAUCUGCUGAUGUCACUGGCGGUCUACCAAUGGCAGGCAUUGGCAUUGCUGGUGGUGUUGGUCAUUUUGAAGAUCCCAGUUAUUUUUCGGAACCUGAAUUCGACUCGGAGUACCAGCAUCAGCAUAUCCACAAGAGCAAGGGUAGCGCAGGAAAAGGUGCUCCAUAUUAUAUGGGUUCGACUGCAAGUUUACCACGUGGUGCUACUUUUUUGAGAACAUAUUCACCUGCCGUGUCUAGUCUUUCAGCUGAUAGAAUGAAACCUCUACCAACCGAUGGAUACAUGUCUUCACCAGAGAGAAGUUCACGUUACGAGGAUCCAUAUUACAGUCAAUAUGCUACGAGAUCCGGCUCAAUAACACCUGUAAUAGAUGAAGAAGUUAGUGAUACGGAACUACUAGAUGAAUCAUAUUCGUUAUAUGGAGUAAAAAUACCACCAACUGGAUCAAGGAUAACCUCUAGGUCACCAUUUCCUGCACCUGCAACCGCCCCACCGUACGAUGCAACACGGUUGCGAGUCGAAAAUAUGGAACGCCAAUUAGCAAAUUUAACAGGUUUAGUUCAAAAAGCAUUGACACAACCGACUCCAGCUCAUUUACAAGUUCCUGGACGGGAAGGCUACAGAGGAGAUGAGUUCGAUAAGAACUCCAGUUCCAGCUCAACUUCUUUGCCAGAUAAAUCAGUGUCAUUUGAGAAAUCGGUAUCGUUCAGUGAUGAGCCCCCAGAUAUGAAUUCACCGAAACAACAUAGUCCGCAACAUGCAGCGGAUACUAAGCCAGCAAAACCUGCCAUUAAGUCUUCGACGUUACCAAGAACUUCAUCUCAAGAACGUGAUCGUUUAAAACCAGCUCCAACGGGAAAACCUUCAUCUAUAUCACCAAGUUACGACAGUAGAAUCUACAGGGAUCUACAGUUAACGCCAGAAAUGUACAAUCAACUUAGAGGACUCCAAAAGAAGGCCAAAGAUCUGAGAGCGGAAGUUAGGAAUUUAAGAAGAAUGUCUCAAGCCCAAGCGCAUUCUGUAAAAGAAACAAUUCGGGAUACUUUCAUCAAAAUUAGGGCUAUGCUGAUGGCUGGCGGUGAACAAGUAUGGCAAGCAGGUAUGGAUCAAGAGAGGGUACGUCUAACUAGAGAAGAAGAUUUAUACAAGCAGGAAAUGUUGAGGCUGGAAAAAGAUCUUGGUGACCUCGAAUCUACUGUAGAAGAACUGCGUGGAAAUGUUAUCAAUAGAAAAACACGGGUUAAUAUGUCAGAUGUGGAAAAUAUGGCGCUAGUAUUGAGUAAGAGCUCCAAAACUGUAGCAGAUUUAAAAUUAAGAUUUCCAGGAUUGCAAGAUAGUAUGAAAACGUUUUUGAGUACAGAAAUGGAAAAGGUAAUGCGAGAAGAAAAAUUUCUUAAGGAAGAACCAGAACGGUUGGAGAGCGCUCUUAGAAGAUGUAAGAAACUUACGGGUACUCUUGUUACUUUGAAAAGGCUGGCUAGCGUACAAGAACAAAGGCUUCCUUCUUCCAACUCUAGUGAUGGUCGACUAUCUCCAACGCCUACUGAGACUCCACCUAUUACGCCUUCAUCUACGCACAGCAAGCCCUCUCCCGCACCACGUUUGGGGCAGGUCCUCAUCGGGGGAGACAGCAGCGCCUCCGACAGUAGCCAGCGUCCGGAGAACGCACUCGACGCUCUGUUAGACGAGCUUCAAACUUUUUCCAAACCCCAUCCCAUUGCUCAACCAGAAGAAGAUGAUGCUUCCGAGGCUCCCGCUAUUCCCGUGAAGGGAGUUCGACCUCCUCAGAUGUCGGAGAUCGGCAGAAAGGGCAGCAUGGAUUCAGCAUCUUUCCUUCCAACUCAAAAUUUAUCCGUGAGCACCGCCACUGGAAGUCUCAGAAGAUUGCAUUCUUAUCCUAGUGGGUCCGAUACCGACAAUAGUCCUCCAAUUCAGCCUCUCCAAAGAGACUGCAAAACUGCCGCUAAACCUCCACUACCGGAACGAAAUCCAGAAUUGUUGCAGCAAGUUACCGGAAAGAGAGUUCCUCCGCCUCCACCACCACGAACAAGUUCUAAAUCACCUCUGGCUUCUCCUACAUCGCCCAAUUUACCUCCCAAAUCUCCUGCUGUAGGACUCCAACAUAUCCAAAAUGUACAAAAUAUGGUUGAGAAGCCGCUUUCGCAGUUCGAACAAGCCACCCAAAAUUUAGGACUUCAGACUUUACGCAGAAAUAUUCCAAAUAGGUCGAGCAUUAAAGAUUCUUCAAAGUCUCAAACUUUGCCUAGAAAUAUUGGUUCUAAUCUUCAAGUUUCAUCUGAUUCCGAAGUUAUUUCUGCUAGCAAUAGCAGCAGUUGCGAAAGUGUGAAUUCCCAAGAUGGAUCCAAGAAGACGAGGAAAGAAGAAUUAGAGCAAAGACAUCAAGAAUUGCUGAAAAAGCAAAAAGCCUUGCAAGAGCAAUACGCGCGGUUGCAACAGCUCCAAAGAGGCAACAAUACCUUAGCUCUGGUGCCUCCACCUCCUGAUCAGUUGUUAAAAAAGACAGGCAGUGAGUCAAAUCUAUUGCAGAAGAUGGGACUACAGCUUACUACCUCGCAAAUCACGGGAUCUCUCACCAAUUUACCAAAUACUACCAAAACGCUAUUAACCAACACCAAUUCCAACCCCAUAAACUCUACUAGUGUAUCAAAUAAUGUAGAAGAAGAAAAUAACAAGAACAACACAAAUACGCAUACGAACAAAGUUUAUGAAACCGACAUACUGUGA